AAGACCAGGCUGAUGCAGUGAAGUACCUCUAUUGAGAAAGAAGAACACAGGCAGGCAGGCAGGCAAGCAGGAACAGACCAAUGGAUCACACGAGGAACAAAAGGGAACAUAACGUGGAGGGCUGAUGAUAAGUGGGACCAGGUGUGUGAAUGGGCAGGUCAGUCAGGUGACCGAGGACAGGGAGAAAAGUCAGGUGGGUGGCAAGAGGAAGGCAGGUAUGGGGAGAUGAAAAUACGUGAGCACCAACCGCCAGACUCAGCUGUUUAGUAAAAUAUUGUGCAAAAAAAGGUUGAAAGGUUGGAGUUCUGCAGAGCAGAGGAUGGCAACAGUCACUGUUGGGCAACAUGAACGAGACCAGCAGGAAAUUAUUCACUAAAUUCCGCCGCAGAGCUCAGGUCCCGCACGUUGGUUCUUUUUAUUCUGCUGGUGCACGCAGUCGACGCAGCCGACUUGCCCGUGUUGUGGUGCGUUCGCAGACCUUGUUGCUGAAGAGACAUCAGGGUUUGACCAGUGAGGCCGGAGUUCUGAAGGAAAACGUCAAGAAGAACAGAUACAAAGACAUCGUGCCAUAUGACCAGUCUCGGGUGGUGUUGUCUCUGGUGACCACAGACUCAGACUCUGAUUACAUCAACGCAAGCUUUAUCAAGGGGCCGUCAGCAGACAACAAGUACAUAGCCAGUCAGGGUCCUCUCAGCUCCACUCUCACUGACUUCUGGAGGAUGAUCUGGCAGAACGACAUCAAGGUGAUAGUCAUGGCCUGCAGAGAGAUAGAGAUGGGGAAGAGGAAGUGUGAGUGUUACUGGGCUCCAGUUCAUCAGUCCGCUGCAUUUGGACCGUUCACUGUCAUCAACCAGGAGGAGACACGUCCUAGCGAAGGCAUAGUGAUCCGAACUCUGACUGUCACAUACCAGCAGGUCAGCCGUUCAGUGAUUCAGUAUCAGUUCCUGUCAUGGCCGGAUCACGAUGUCCCCUACCAGGCUACAGGAGUCCUAGACCUGCUGGAGAGAGCCAGAAACAGCCAGGGAACACACACCUCGCCUGUGCUGAUACACUGCAGUGCGGGCUGUGGGAGGACAGGAGUCAUCUGUGCUCUUGACUACAUCCAUGACCUGCUGGUUACCAAGGUCACGGAGGACUUCAGCAUCAUGAAGAUCGUCCUGGAGCUCAGGAGGCAGAGACCGUCGGCAGUCCAAACUAGAGAUCAGUAUCAGUUCAUCUUCACGGCUGCCGCUUGUAUGUUCGAACGAGUCCUGCAGUCGACCGGUCACCAGCUCUACUGCAACACGUCUGAGCUGAAGAAACCGGAGAAGAAAACUACAAUAACCCCUGCUUCCAGCACCAAGAGAUCAUCAAAGCUGAUUGACAUGAAUGAUACGUACGCUGUGGUCAACAAGACCAAACAUCCCCAGCCUACUCCAACAAGCCCUGCAAACUCCGCUGUAACCCCGCCCAGAUCCAGCAGGACCCUGCCCUCCUCCCAUCACUAUGACAACGACCCCGCAGGGGCAUCAGCAGCCCCCGUCUACAGCGCCGUCAGACCCCGAGCCAAAAUGCAAAGCCUGCCGCUGUCUACCACGGCCAUCUAUGACACGGCAACGUCAGCCAAUCACAGGCCGGGGGAGGAGCUACCGUCACUGCACAACAGCGGAGAACAUCACCUGCCGGCAGCCAAACAGCUUUCAGCGACAGAUGAUGACUACGAAGACUUCUCCUCUUCGGUCACGGACGUGUCCAGCUUCUGUGCACCUGGCGGCAUCGGGUUUAACUGUCGUAUCCAGAAGCCCAGAGGACCCAGAGAACCCCCCGCGGAGUGGAGCCGAGUGGAGAGAUGAACUGGUUGAACUGGACUUCGCUGGUUUACCGUAGACCGUUGGGCCGGACUGAGGAAAAUUAGACUAUCAGUGCGUUGAAGUUAACAGAGAGCGACUGCUUUCAACUGAAGCGAACUGACCCGGACUGUGAGACUGGCUGUGUGUGAUUUGAUGUGACCUGUUUCUUUGCCUCCUGCUGGUUAAACUGGUCGUCACGGUGGUCUGCUCCCAGCCCGUAAAUGGUUCUGGUCUGCAGGUCUUCGUGUCGUCCUCAC